AUGGCACUAUAUGUCAAAUAUAACAACCAGUCGAAGCGCAUGAAGGUCACGCCUAGCAUGACAAUGUUCCAUGUGUUAACAGAUGCACUGGAGCAAUACGGUCUGCUUGAUUCACACCAAUAUCAGCUUGUACACCGCGGCAAGACCAUUGAUUUGUCAAUCCCUUUUCGUUUGACGGGAAUCUCGAAUAAUGCCUCCGUGGAUCUUUUUCAGCUAGAUGAAGCACUUGAAGUGCAACAAGUUCGCGUGUGUAUCCAGUUGCACGAUGGCAAGCGUGUUCAAGCGACCUUCGGGAGUGAUACAACCAUUGAAAACAUUUUGACGUUUUUUAAACUGCUCCCAGCGUCGGAAAAGUUCUGUCUUGGAUUCUUGCGGCGUGGUAUCGAUUCCAAUGCUUUUUCAUCGACUACGUUAAAAGAAUUAGGUAUCCUGAGUGGAUCGGCGAUGUUUCGCGUUCAGUCUGCCAAUGAACAACUGGCUGCGUCAGCUGCUCAAAGCCCCUCUGAGCCUUCGCAAACACCUCGCGUCAUUGCUGCUCCUACCGCACCUUCUUCAUCCGCUAGUCCUUCCAUUGUGUCGGAGGCAUUGGGUCAUAUUCCGUCAAUGCCGUCAGAUGAUGUUGAAAUGAGCGAUGUUUCUGCAGAGGAUAAAACAACCGAUGUAGGUAUUCAAAUUAUGACCAGUUAUGACGCAUUGCAAAUAUUGCGAAACAACAGUUUUGAUACUGUGUCACGUGGAGCUAUCGUGACAUUGUUGAAGAUUGUUACAAACAUCUUGUCAGAUCCAGAGAAUGAAAAGUUGCGCACGAUCCGAUUGUCAAAUGCAACGUUUCAUCGCUUGGUUGGUCAAGUAAAGGGCGGCAUAGAUGUGCUGGAGGAGGGUCUAAGGCUGUUGAGCAUUGAGGCGGACGAUUUGAAUAUUUCACCAGAGGAGCGUCCACUUCUUCAGGAAAAACAAGUAGACCCGAGUUUUGACGUGUUCAAGUCGCAGAUUACUCGUAUGCAGAUGCAACCGCGAGGCUCGAGCAUGACGGAAGUCCUUGUCGACGCUUUGAAGUUAAAACAAGAGCAACUGGUCGGAUGCGAGAAACCUCCUCGAAACACAACUGUUAUUUUAGAAGUAAAGCAAGAAAGUGACCGAACUGAUUUAGCACGCGAGAUUGGCGAACGAAGUGACGCACAGUUACUGAUGUCAAGUCUAAAAGCUCGGCAAGACAAGAUGGAGAAGGCGAAGACCUUCCGUACGCGGGCGAUGCGUGAGCUGGAUGAGCUGAAGCGUAAACGAGUCUUUCAAAUGGUGCUAAUCCGUGUUCAGUUUCCAGACCGAGCGAUGAUGCAGGCUUCUUUUCAUCCCAACGAAACGAUUCAAGAUGUGAUGAAUCAUGUAACGGAAUGUCUAGAUGAUCAGUAUAAGGUCAGCAAGUUUUACCUCUAUGUUACGCCUCCCACUCAAAAGUUGGCCGCUACUAAAACCCUGGUCGAGUUGAACCUAUUGCCUGCUGCGCUGACGUAUCUCUCAUGGUUGGAAGUGCCUCCUCAAGCCGAGGUGGCGAGUAUUGGUUUUUACUUCAGAGCUGACGUGCUGGCAAAUGAAUGUGCCGAUGUCAAAGAGAGGGUUGGCCCGCUGCAGAAGACGGAAUAUCCAAAGCCAUUGCAAGUCGAUGAAAGCCUGCCCAAUGCAGCGACGACUGACUCACGUGAAAAGCCAACGCCCCAAAAAGAUGCACAAGCAAAGUCUUCCAAGAAGCCGUCAUGGGUUAAACUCUAG